GCGGACACUACAGUAUCUGGUCAAAAUAAUGUAUAAUCUAUGGCUAGGUUCACAAUGCUGCUCAUGGAGAGAGACAAAGGAGGGAAGGGUGCAUGAAGACAAGACUAAACACAACAUCCAACUGGCGCGGGCGCUACUUUUAAUAAUAACCACUUCUUAAAUUGAUAAUUACAGACCACAUUGACUUUUAACUAUUGCACCGUGUGGUAAUCAUUUAGUUAUAGAUCACAUCGUUGGAAGAGUUUUACAAUGCCCAGUAUUACAGCUGAGUCGGCGAUCCCGACACUAGCUGUGCAUGCAUUCGCCUGCAUAGGCCUCGAGGACCACGGCAGCCGGACAGAACAACCCGAGACCCCCUUUCAUCCACUCCCGGUCUCUCAUUUCAAUGUACUUGGUGCGGUGCUGGACCUGCAGCCUAUACCGCGCCACCAACGAACACCGACGGAAGAGGAGGACGAGGAAAGAGACGAUUAUGAAGAUUUGCUGGAGGAGGAUGAUUCCAACAACACGCUGCUCGUGCAGGCCCAAGUCUCAGGACUAGGCUCGAUUAUGCUACCUGGAAUGGAGACGCCCGAGACACUCUUACUGUACAAUGAUGAGCUUGAUGAUGGCACGCUACAACAGCCUACGGGAAUGAUUAUUUUGUCGUCUGAGUACGGAGAACCUGGCUAUGAAGUUGAGGCAUCGCUGCUCAUGCGGAGGGAGAGCGUGAAUACAACAGAGUGUGUGUUGGUGCCCAGCUCAGAACAUGUUGCCGAGAUUGUCGGUAGACAGGGUUGCAAGAUCAAGGCAUUGCGAGCAAAGACCAACACCUACAUCAAGACCCCAGUGCGAGGGGAGCAGCCGAUGUUUGUGGUGACAGGGCGGAAGGAGGAUGUGUCCAUGGCAAAGAGGGAGAUCCUCUCGGCAGCUGAGCACUUCUCCCUCAUCCGAGCCUCCCGGAACAAGGCAGGUCCGUUGGCAGCAUCAGGGUCAGGGCUGCCUGGUGCACCUUCCCUGCCUGGCCAGACCACCAUCCAGGUGCGUGUACCCUACCGCGUGGUGGGACUGGUGGUCGGGCCGAAGGGGUCGACCAUCAAGCGUAUCCAACAGCAGACACACACUUACAUUGUCACACCGAGCCGAGACAAAGAGCCCGUGUUUGAGGUGACGGGCAUGCCCGAGAAUGUGGACCGAGCGCGAGAGGAGAUCGAGACCCACAUCGCCAUGCGCACGGGCAACUGUGUCGAGAUUCCAGGAGACGAGAACGACUUCCACUACAAUGGCACCGAUGUCAGCUUCGAGGUGGGUGGCUGUGGGGCGUGGCUGCAAUCGACCGCCGCCGCACCUGCCGGUGCCCAGCGCACCACCAAUUGUAACAACAGCGUGCGCAUGACAGCCAACUACCGCAAUGACAGCUCCAGCUCUCUAGGCAGCGGCUCCACUGACUCCUACCACGGUGGAGGGGGGAACCGCAUGGCCGACUUCAGCCCCACCAGCCCCUUCAACGCCAACAGUAACAACAACAACAAUGGUGGAGCCAGCUUCUGGUUUGGGGAGACUCUGCUCCCCCUGGCAGCUGAGGAGCUGGCAGCACUGGGAUCUCCUGGGUUUGACCCUCUGGCAGUCACUACAGCCGUUCCUGCACCGCAGCCACAGGUGGUGUGGAGCACCUUGGAACAGUGCGUCCAGCUGUUAGAUGGCCGCCAGGCCCCUGUCCGAGACAGCCAGCCCGGCACGCCUCGCCUCUCCCCUACCUUCCAAGAGGCCUUGGAACACCCCAUGGCCCAGCGGGUCCACAGGGUCCCCUUCAGCGCCUCAGAGUCUCAAAAGUUUCCUGUCUACGGCCCCGCCUUCUCGACCUCCAGUGACAGUACCAGCUCUCCGCCAGACUCGUGCCGCGGACGCCAGGUAUGCAUCCGCUGCCUGGAGAGUGAGAUUAUCGCAGCCCUGGUGCCCUGCGGACACAACCUCUUCUGCAUAGAAUGUGCCAACCGAAUCUGCCAGGGCCCAGAGGCUGUCUGCCCUGUGUGUCAGGCACCAGUCACCCAGGCCAUACGGCUGCGCAACAUGUGAGCCUGCCCUGAGCAAUGACUGGGUGAGGUGGGGGAUAGUAGCCCACGAAGUAGCAUUAGGAUUCCUUUAAAUUGUUUUUAUUUUGACAUGUUAAUAAUCUUCCUACCUUCUUUUUUUAAUCUAAUGUAUCACAUUUUUGGGGAUGACUGUUAAAAUAGCUGAGGUGGUCAACUGUCUUUGAUUCAAGGUUUAAGUUGGCCGUAACAUUUUAUUAUAAAAGGUUUUACCCCUUUUUAUUUAGCUGCUUUUAAACAAUUAAAUUCUUGCCCUCGCCUGUCAUUAGCAGUGCUUACAGACAGGAAGUACCAAGAUGUGCUACUUCAGUACUGCCAUGCUUUCCAUUGCAACUUAAAAACAUUAUCUGUUUACAGUAACUCGUGCCUAAUUCCACUUAAGUAAUCGAAACUUACAACUGGUUUUGUGGGCACACAGUGUUACCAUAGAACUAUAGAAAAGGCCUAUGGCCUUUUUUAGAAAGCAUGUAUUUUAUUGAACACUAUAACUUGACCCAGACCUUAUGCUUAAGGAGGUCAGACUGACAAAGGACAAGUCAUAGAUGCAUUCAGGUAGUGACCUGAUCUUCCAAUGGGGUGUGGUCAUGUGGUCAACUCAUGCUCCUAUGUAGGUGGUUGGGCUCCUGACAUUCCAGCCAUAUUAUCCAGUAUUCUUUGCCCCACAUAUGGGGAGUUAGACAGACAUGUGCAUAGAGCAGUCACCUACAUUGAACUAGCCUACAUCUACCGUAAUGCAUUAUUGGACUAACGGCCUCCUCUGACUCUGUGAAACAACCUCUUUAUUUGAGCUGCCUUCUCAUGUUUUAGGUUUGUCAAAUGCCCAAGCACAGAGCCCAUCUCCUAGCUUCUCUGCUGACCGAUGAGACCUAGUAUUCCCCCUGCUGUCAUCCUCUCACCCCUUUUCCCAUCCGCUAUAGUCUGCGUUUGCACAGGCAGCCCAAUUCUGAUCUUUUUCAUCUAAUUGGUCUUUUGACCAAUCAGAGCAGCUCUUUUGCCAAUAAUUGGGCAAAAGUUCAGAAUUGGGCUGCCUCUGUAAACGCAGCCAUAGAGACAUGCAGCUCAGAUGUGUUGAAUUCUAUCUAACCACUGGGAAAUACAUCAGUCCUCAACCUCUCACACACAGUGCAUUCGGAAAGUACUCAGACCCCUUGACGUUUUCCACAUUCUGUUACGUUACAGCCU